AUGAUUCAUUUGGUUUCCAGACUGACCAAGCAAAAAGGGGUGAACUUAACGGACAUCGGACCUAACUACACCGAUGGCUUUAUACAGAUCACAUCUGAACACAAGACCAGCCUGGAAAAUAUAUGGCAGUUAAGGGGGAGUUGCGUCACAGGGAAGGUUAUAGCUUUGAAAUGUUUUGAGUGUGGGACGCGGGCUAAGCUGCCCAGGAUAAUCGGGGGAGUGGAGGCUACCUUGGGAAGGUGGCCCUGGCAAGUCAGUCUCUACUACAGUAACCGACACACCUGUGGAGGCACCAUCAUCACCAGCCAAUGGGUGGUCACCGCAGCCCACUGUGUGCACAAUUAUAGGCUGCCACAGGUGUCCAGUUGGGUGGUCUACGCUGGUAUUGUCACACGCAGUUCAGCUAAAAUGGCUCAGUACACUGGAUAUGCAGUGGAAAAGAUCAUCUACAACAAGAAAUACAACCCCAGGAGCCACGACAAUGACAUUGCUCUGAUGAAACUACUGACCCCACUGAUUUUCUCAGAUACCAUCAGGCCUAUCUGUCUGCCACAGUACGAGCAUGAUCUACCAGGAGGAACACAGUGCUGGAUCUCUGGCUGGGGCUAUACUCAACCAGAUGAUGUUCUCAUCCCUGCCACGCUAAAAGAAGCUACAGUUCCACUGAUAAGCACCAAGAAAUGCAACAGUUCAUGCAUGUACAAUGGAGAGGUCACCCCCCGCAUGCUCUGUGCUGGAUACACCGAGGGCAAAGUGGACGCAUGUCAGGGGGACAGUGGGGGUCCGCUAGUCUGUCAAAUUGACAACAUGUGGAGACUGGUGGGGGUGGUGAGCUGGGGUACAGGCUGCGCUGAGCCCAACCACCCCGGAGUCUACACCAAGGUGGCCGAGUUUCUCGGUUGGAUCUACGACAUGAUUGAGAGCUACUGAGGAGGAAGAGGAAUAAGACAAUGGAUGAUCAGGGAGACUCCAGAACAGGCCUAGAGGAAACUGAAACAUAUGAUGCUCCUGACAUUCUUCCUCCUGUACUGUAAAUGUAAUUUUACCUCCUUAUAACGGCCAUGUUGAUUGCAGAAAUGCAUACAUUAUUUAACAGUAGGAAAUAUUUUAUACUAUACAUGUUUGUCAUACAUUGUAUUUUUAGCACCUGAAUGAGAUCAUAUUUAUACCAUAUAUUCGUCUUGUAUUGAAAAUAAAUGAUGCUUCAUAUCUAAACAUG